CUGAGGGGAUCUGCGCUCUGAUUGGUUGCUGCGGGUGGAAAGGAGGCGUUUCCCUUUUUUCCCGCCUUUUCCUUCUGGGCGCUGUUUCAGAUUUACCUCAGAAUGUUCCUUUGUGUCUGCUGUGGAUGUGAAAUACAUUUUAUAUUGAAAUAAAAUUAAAAGUUUAUGUCCGUGUCUCCCACUUCCUUUGGAGAGCAGCUGCAUAUUUAUUUCCUCCACAUUAAACCUCUUCAAUUGCCCCUUCCAGUCGGGGGUUUCUAUUUUAUCCCCUGAUAGUGUCGGAAGAAAAAUCAGCUCCAGUUCCAAGAAGGGAAUAAAAUGGAGGCUGCUUAAGAAAGGAGGUUUAUUGACGGGCAGAACCAACAACAGCCUGCAGUUAGACUAGACCAGAGCUUGGAGGUCAUCUAGUCCAGUCCCUGCUCAGGCAGGAGAACCUAUAUAAUCUCUGACAAGUGGCUGUUCAGUCUCUUGUUAAAAACAUCCAUUGAUGAUGCAGCGUAUGCGGCCACACCUCUUCUUGGCAACAGAGAAUCGUUGCCUAUUGGCUGUGACGUUUCUCCUUAGCCAGCGGGAGAAAUGAGCGGCCGUCAUUGGCCAAUAGUUGAUUGCUGCUAUAUAAGUAGCAGCUGUGAGAGAAGUGUGUUUGUUCGGUAAUAUUGCCUUUUUUACUUGCAGUUAGUUUGUUCUUUUUUGUCAGUGAGUUGUUAAUAAAGAAUUAUUGCUUACCGUCAAGCCUCCAUUCCAUUCUUCAUUCUUUGAAUGAAGCACUGGUGACGAGGAUGGGAUUCCUGAGGCGACGGUUGAGUACUGGUUACGGUAGGGGAGUUUACUCAUACUCUGUCCCUGUCAAUCCACAUUGCUCCAUGGCAAAUAAGUUAUCUUUCGCUCCAUAUGACCUGGCCUACGAGACUUGGGAUGCGUAUGUUGAGCGAUUUCACCGAGCUCUCAGGAGAUAGGAAACGCGCCCAUUUCCUGAAUGCCUGUGGCCCACAAAUAUUUGCAAUGGCCAGAGCUCUGUUGACUCCUCAAUCAGUUUCUGCGGUGCCUUGGGCCACCUUGAUGGGCACAUUGCAAGCUCAUUAUGCGCCGGCUCCUUCGCGCAUUUCCAGAUGGUUUACCUUUCGCCAGAGGGUCCAAAUGGAACGGGAAUCCAUCAACUCGUAUAUGGCUUCUUUCCGGACUGCUGCUAUAAAGUGUGAGUUCCCUAAUUUGGAUGACUCCCUUCUUGAGCAGCUGGUGUGCGGCGUGAGGAGUUUGAGAUUGCAACGCCGUCUUUUAUCUAGAACGGACAUUACCCUCCAGUCUGCCUUGGAUGAGGCACGUGCCUAUGAAAUGUCGGAGAAGUUGUCGGCGGAGAUGCAUAGGGCUCCGGCCACGCACAUGGUGGCCCACUCUGCUUCCAUUCACCAUGACGCUGUUCUUUCCAAUGAAUUCGAGGGUGAGGAAGACGAGGUGGGUCGCCUCCGAGUAGCCCCGGGAAGCAAGCAGCCAACAGAGCAGAAACCACAGACGGCGCCUUGCCUGGGAUGCGGAGAGAAUCACCCUCGCUCGUUGUGUCACUUCAAAACUGCAGUUUGCCGCAAAUGCGGCAAACGGGGACAUCUGGCUAGGGUUUGCCGUUCCACCCCACUGGACAAUAUUCCACUGGGUUCUCGUCCGGCUAGACGGUUCCAGAGAGGUCCUCCUGUGUCCCAAGAUGAUUGCUUCACCGUGAACCGAGGAAACACCAACCCUGCAGUGUCGAUCAGCCAGGCUUCGACUGGCUCCAGCAAGAAAAUUUUUCUUACUAUCAAGUUAGAGGAGGUGCCCUGUAAAAUGGAGGUGGAUACAGGCUCUUCUAAAUCUAUUAUUGCCUGGAACACCUUACAGAAGAUAGCUCCAAACUUCAACAAAAGUCAAUUGACUGCCUGUACCACCAGGCUGAAGGACUAUCAAGGGAACGAUAUUCCCAUUCUUGGAGGUGCCCACCUCCGGGUGGAGAAAGGUGUUUUCUCUGGUCGCCUCCCAUUGCUUGUAGUUAAGGGUAACCUACCCAGCUUAUUGGGGUUGGAUUGGUUCUCAGCAUUGGGCCUUAACAUCACAGGCAUUCAUUCUACCACCACAGAUGGGUUUGAGGCCCUGAUGUCUGAGUUUGCUGAGGUAUUUGCUGAUUCCCUGGGUCAAUAUAAGGGCAACCCUAUCUCCCAAAACCUUGAUCCCCAGGUGCCUCCUAUUAGGCUUAAGCCUCGACGGGUGCCUUUUGCGCUACGUCCAAAGGUGGACAAGGAACUGGAUAAGUUGAUUGUGCAAGGGGUGCUGGAGCCCACCGACCACUCUAAGUGGGAGACUCCUGUUGUCACUCCCAUUAAGCCAGAUGGUUCAGUACGCAUCUGUGGUGAUUUCAAAUGCACAUUAAACUAUGCUUUGCAGGCACACCCUUAUCCAGUUCCUGUAGUCCAACACCUUCUCCACUCUUUAGGCCAGGGGUCUAUCUUUGCUAAGUUAGAUAUGGCACGAGCAUAUCAGCAGCUUCCUGUGGAUGAUGCCAUGGCGGCUGCCCAAACCAUUGUCACUCACAGGGGCGCUUUUAAAUGCCGCCGCCUGCAGUUUGGGAUUAGUGUGGCCCCCGGGUUGUUUCAGAGCCUUAUGGAGUGGCUCUUGCAGGGCAUACCUGGAGUUGUUCCAUAUUUUGAUGAUGUGUUGGUCUCUGCCACCAGCCAGGCUGCCCUCAUUAGCCGCCUGCGACAGGUUCUUACCCGUUUCCAACAGACGGGCCUUAAGCUUAAAAAGUCUAAGUGUAAAUUCGGGGUGCCUAGGGUUGAGUUCCUGGGGUUCCUAAUUGAUGCUGACGGGUUGCAUCCAACCCCGUCGAAGGUGGAGGCGAUAAAAAAUGCCCCUACUCCUACCUGCAAAGCAGACUUGCAGUCAUUCUUGGGGCUCCUUAACUUUUAUAGCGUGUUCCUGCCCCAUAAGGCUUCUGUGGCGGAGCCUCUUCAUAGGUUACUUGAUGGUAGGACUCCUUGGUCGUGGGGCAAGGCCCAGGCCUCUGCUUUUGCUGCUGUCAAGGCUCUCCUCACCUCGGAUGCUGUGUUGGUCCAAUAUAGCGACAGUGUCCGCCUUACUUUAGCUUGUGAUGCCUCUUCAUAUGGCAUAGGGGCUGUUCUGAGCCACCUACUACCAAAUGGAUCUGAGGCUCCAAUUGCUUAUUUUUCUCGGACUCUGUCGUCAGCAGAGAGGAAUUAUAGUCAGCUAGACAAGGAGGCUCUGGCCAUUGUAGCUGCCGUUAAACGGUUUCAUGACUACAUUUAUGGCUGUUUUUUCCAACUGAUCACUGAUCACAAGCCUCUUUUGGGGUUGUUAGCUGGUGACAAACAGACCCCUCAGAUCAUGUCUCCUCACCUAUUAAGGUGGUCUAUUUUCUUGGCAGCCCUCCUGAGGUAUCUCGGUCCCGGUUGUUCCUGCGGUUCUAGAGCUACCCCCUUCUGCUCAACCUGCUGGAAGCCCUGAACUGCCUCGAUCAGGAGGAUUGCGUAGGCGCCCUACAUAUUUGCAGGAUUAUGCAUGUGCCAUCCAAGGGGGGAGGAGUGCAGCGUAUGCGGCCACACCUCUUCGUGGCAACAGAGAAUCGUUGCCUAUUGGCUGUGACGUUUCUCCUUAGCAAGCGGAAGAAAUGAGUGGCCGUCAUUGGCCAAUAGUUGAUUGCUGCUAUAUAAGUAGCAGCUGUGAGAGAAGUGUGUUUGUUCGGUAAUAUUGCCUUUUUUACUUGCAGUUAGUUUGUUCUUUUUUGUCAGUGAGUUGUUAAUAAAGAAUUAUUGCUUACCGUCAAGCCUCCAUUCCUUUCUUCAUUCUUUGAAUGAAGCAGAUGAAGCGCCCACGACUUCUGGUGGCAGGCAGUUCCACCGGUUAAUUCUCCUCCUUGUCAGGAAGUUUCUCCCGAGUUCCAGCCUGCUUCUCUCCUGGAUGAGUUUCCACCCAUUUGCCUUCUGGGGCUGUGGGGGAUCCUUUGGGCCCCUUUCCCUUCUCCGGGGCAGCCGAGAGAGAAGCGAGCCGGAUGAGCGGAGGGGUUUCUGGGCCGUUUCUGCGGCGUCUGGUGAUCCAGAGGCUCCUUUUGUGGCUCUUUUGGCCUCUGAGGCAGCGGCUGCCUUGGAUCCCGAUUUCCCUCCCGCGAUCUCCGGCCCUUCUUUCCCCUCCGGCCGGCCUUUCUCUCGGGGAGUCCCGGGUCUCCGCCUCCUGCAACCGCCGCGGCCAUUCGGGCUUCCCAGGCAAAAAUAAGACUUUCUUCUUCCCUUCGAGCCGAGCCAGGAGCCGCUUUCCCCGCGGCUGUUACGCGGCAGCCUCCGGUGGGAAAAGAGAUGGCGGC